UCUCUCUAUCUGACGCCUCUAAAAUGGAACUCCUCACCGAAGAAAUACCACCCAUUCCUGGGAAGCCCCAGGAGCAGCUGGAAGAGUCGCAUGAAAAUGAGAGCAUCGUCUAUCCAACUGGCCUCAAGCUGUGGGUGUCUGUGGCUGCCACCAUGCUGAGCACGAUGCUGGUCGGCCUGGACAUGACGAUCGUGGCAGUCUCUGUGCCGGCCAUCACCGACUCCUUCCACACAGUCGCGAACAUCGGCUGGUAUUCGGCCGCAUACUCGGUCAUGUUCAGCAGCUUUGCCUUCUUCUUCGCCCAUCUAUACGGUGCUGCUUGGAUACAACUCUGCUAUUGUCUAGACGUUGUAUAUUCCUGUUGGUUUAGCGAUUUUUAGUGUUCUCGGCAGUCUGGCGGUAGAGCGACGCAGC